AUGGGGACCACAUGGUCGGGUGUCACCUUCGAGGAGGAGAUGCGAGCGGAAGUUCAGGAGGCUAUGUCCUCCGGUGGCCUUCCGAUGAAAUUUCCCAUGUGGCUGAUUCCUGGCUCGGUGCUGGCGAGAUUGGAGCACCCACUCUUGCCCCACGAGACGCUGUUACAACAAGGCAAACUAGUCAGGUGGGAGCCGGGACAUCCGCGCAAGGUCGUCUUCAUCAGUCACGAAUGGCUCGGCACGUAUCAUCCCGAUCCGGACUUCAAACAAUUCAAAGUGCUCCAGUCGGCUCUCGAGAAUCUUCGGACAGGCCUGGCACGAGUCCGGAAGGACACAGUCUCUGAACUCCUGCGUAUUCCUUUGCCAAUGCCCUCCGAUGCAGAACAGCGCAACUGCCUGGACUGGGAUUUCUGGUAUGACUACAUCAGCUGCCCACAGUUGAGUGUUGUGCCUGAUAUGGAAGCCAGCAUGGAAGAGAUGAGUGCCAGCAAAGGCGAACUUGCUGAUGCUAUUGCGAGCAUCCCCGCGUACUGCGACAAAGCUGAUUACACCAUUGUUUUGGCUCCUUCGCUUCUGCACAACGAGGCACGAAAAGUGUUGUCAACAAGCUCUUGGGGUAGUCGAGGUUGGUGCCGUGCAGAGCGCACUGCCACGGUCUUCUCUGAGGGCAGGAAAGCGUUGCUCGUGGUUUCAAGCCCUACUCGAAUGGCAAUCUCGGCAGGGCCUGAAUGGGUCACAAGCUGGCCUGGCCAGGGAAGGUUUACAGUCGAAGAGGACAGAAAGGUGCUGCAAGAGUUGACGGGAGAGCUCCUGGCGACAAAGUGCUCUAGCUUGCUGCGCAGCGGCCAGAGCCAUUGGCGAUUUUACCAAGCCUUGAAACCCAAAGCCCGUGGCAAGGCAGAAUUUCUGAAUGAAGACCUAGGCCACUUUCUUGAUCGAUACAGCCUUUUGGAUGCUCGCUCGGUCGUCGAAGGAAUGACCCCUCUGAUGCUGGCAAGCCUUGAGGGCAAUACUUCGGUCAUGAGGGAGCUGUUGAAGUCCAAAGCUGAAGUUGAUGAGCGCAUCUCUUGGAGGCUCCCUGAGGCUCAUAUUCACGGGACCGUUGUGACAGCACUUUCGAUGGCCGCGUCCUUAUCUUCCAAGGAGGCAGUUCUGGCUCUACUAGAUGCGCGGGCAUCCUUGGAUCUUCCUUCUGGUCUUAGUGGCGCAGGGGUGGUCGUGCAGGCUGCCUACUUUGGCAAUGCAUCGGUGCUUGGAACACUCAUCGAGAGGCGAGGAGACAUGAAUCAUCCGACCACUUUGGGUGGCAACGCGCUCCUGGCAGCAGCAGGAGCAUCGAAUGUCGACUGCACUCGAAUAUUGUUGGAGCAAAGGGCAGACCCAAAUUUCAUGAACUACAUCGGCUCCACAGCACUAUCCUUCAGUUGCCUUUUCAACACAGAUGCGGGACAUGCAGAGCUGUUGCUGCAAUCACGAGCAGACCCGAACCUGCGUGGCCUAGCUAAGAACUGCCUUUGGGCAACUGUUUGCUGGGCUUGCCAAAAGGCGAUCCAGAUGGGCAAUGCAACCUUAAUCCACUGGAACAUAGCCUUGUCGAACGGGGGCACGCCACUGCAUAUGGCUGCUCUGAACGGCAGCUUGCAGAUUGCCAUGCUUCUCAUGGAGCAUGAUGCGGAUGUGGAGGCCACCUGGGGAGACACUUUGCUAACUCCCCUCGAUUUGGCCAAGAGCCAGGAUCACCAGGAUCUCGUCGCGUGCCUGGAAACAGAACAGCGUCUGCGACGCGAUGUGCACGUUUAUGAAACUCAGAGAGUUUGA